AUGAAAUUUGAUUCGGAAUUGAACUUCACUGCUAAAAUCGAAGGACCCAAGUGGAUUGAAGAGGAGACUAUAUUACGCGAACGACUUUGCGCCGCAUCGAACGGAAAUAUCUAUUUUGCAGUGGCUGGUGAAACGUUCAGUUCACUUUUCGAGUUGUCGGCUGAGGGCAGAUGGACCGAACUGGACCAGAAACGUGGUCAAUCUUUCGUUGACGUUCAGUUACUGUAUUCACAAACCUAUGAUUAUGAAUGGGUCAGUGUUCAGGUUCUGAGUGUGAUUGGCCCAGUCACCGAGGUGCUUUUGAUGGAGGAACGUCGUGGUGCAGUGUACGUGUUGAGUGUGCGUGAUUCAUUGAUAGCGAUAAGACGCGCAAUGAAUCCCGUCGAAAAGCCCGGUACAGUUUGUGUGGAUGAGGAGAAGAAAGUGUUCGUUCACGACGUGAGAGAUGGCAAAAUCCGUCAAAUUUCCACUUCUGGUGACAGCUUCGAGGCAACCGACGAUGCCGCACUCGCGCACAAGUCGUUGUAUGCGCUAUCAGUCAAUAAAGGCUUCUUGGCUGCAGUCUAUCGCGAGGAUAAUCUCGUUUGA